CAUGUCCCGGAGCCGCGCCCUUGCUGGCGCUGCCUCUGGCUUCCGCCGCAUGGCCACAGUCUCAGACAACCCUCUGGACAAGAAGGUAAGCCACAAACCAAUUGUAUUGUCGUCUCUUGAUUCCAUGACCUGAGGCUUUGUUGCUUCACUUGCACUACCAUUCAGGCGCUAAACGUCAUGGCGCAUGGGCCAGUUCGGCUGCCAAUCCACCGGCAAUGCCGAGGCCCAAGCUGCGCGACUUGCAGCUCAAUGGCAGCGAGAGAACAUUAAGCCCGGGUUAUAGACUCAGGAAGAUGCAAGAUAUGAGAUUUGAGAACAAUUGUGCUAAUAUGCUUCGCUAUACAGGUCCGACAGAACAACUGGGAGGAGGGUAACUACAUCAACUACAAGAAGAUGUCCGACAACCUCGACAUCGUUCGUGCUCGUCUGAACCGACCUCUGGCCUACGCUGAGAAGAUUCUCUACUCUCACUUGGACGACCCUCACGGCCAGGACAUCCAGCGUGGCAAGAGCUACCUCAAGCUGCGACCUGACCGUGUUGCUUGCCAGGAUGCCACCGCUCAGAUGGCUAUCCUUCAGUUCAUGUCCGCUGGUAUGGACAAGGUUGCCAACCCCACCACUGUCCACUGUGAUCACUUGAUCGAGGCCCAGGUCGGUGGUGCCAAGGAUCUUGCCCGCGCUAUUGACAUCAACAAGGAGGUCUACAACUUCCUUUCUACUGCUUGUGCCAAGUACGAUAUCGGUUUCUGGAAGCCCGGCUCUGGUAUCAUCCACCAGAUUCUCCUCGAGAACUACUGCUUCCCCGGUGGUCUUCUUAUCGGUACUGAUUCUCACACUGUCAACGGUGGUGGUCUCGGUAUGGCCACCAUUGGUGUCGGUGGUGCCGAUGCUGUCGAUGUCAUGGCCGACCUCCCCUGGGAGCUUAAAGCCCCUAACGUUAUUGGUGUCAAGCUCACUGGUCAGCUCAGCGGCUGGACUGCUCCUAAGGAUAUUAUCCUGAAGGUUGCCGAUAUUCUCACUGUCAAGGGUGGUACUGGUGCUAUCGUUGAGUACCACGGUCCUGGUACCGACGCCAUCUCUUGUACCGGUAUGGCUACCAUUUGCAAUAUGGGUGCUGAAAUCGGUGCCACCACCUCCGUCUUCCCUUUCAACGACCGCAUGUACGACUACCUCGCCGCCACCAAGCGAAAGGAGAUCGGUGACUUCGCCCGUCAGUAUGCCCACGGCCUCAAGCCCGACGAGGGUACCGAGUACGACCAGCUCAUCGAGAUCAACCUCUCCGAGCUCGAGCCCCACAUCAACGGUCCCUUCACUCCUGAUCUGGGUACUCCUAUCUCCAAGUUCAGCCAGGCUGUCAAGGAGAACGGCUGGCCCGAGGAGCUCAAGGUCGGUCUUAUCGGAUCUUGCACCAACUCCUCUUACGAGGACAUGACCCGUGCUGCUUCCAUUGCCCGUGAUGCCCUCAACCACGGCAUCAAGGCCAAGUCUGCUUUCACUGUUACCCCCGGUUCCGAGCAAAUUCGCGCCACCAUCGAGCGUGAUGGCCAGCUCCAGACCUUCGAGGAGUUCGGCGGUAUCGUUCUUGCCAACGCCUGCGGUCCUUGCAUUGGUCAGUGGGACCGACGCGACGUCAAGAAGGGUGAGGCCAACUCUAUCAUCUCUUCUUACAACCGUAACUUCACUGGCCGAAACGACGGUAACCCCGCCACUCACUCUUUCGUCGCCUCCCCUGAUCUGGUCGUCGCCAUGACCAUUGCCGGCUCCCUCCACUUCAACCCUCUCACUGAUACCCUGAAGGACAAGGACGGCAAGGAGUUCAAGCUUGCUCCUCCUACCGGUGAUGGUCUCCCCAGCCGAGGCUACGACCCUGGCCAGGACACUUACCAGGCCCCUCCCAGCGACCGUGCCAGCGUCACUGUCGAUGUCGCCCCUACCUCCGACCGUCUCCAGAUCCUGACUCCCUUCCAGCCUUGGGAUGGCAAGGAUGCUAAGGACAUCCCUAUCCUCAUCAAGGCCAAGGGCAAGACCACCACUGACCACAUCUCCAUGGCCGGUCCCUGGUUGAAGUACCGUGGUCACCUUGACAACAUCUCCAACAACAUGUUGAUCGGUGCCAUCAACGAGGCCAACGGUGAGGCCAACAAGAUCAAGAACGUUACCACUGGCGAGUGGGGCGCUGUUCCUGCUGUCGCCCGUGACUACAAGGCCAAGGGUAUCAAGUGGGUUGUCAUUGGUGACUGGAACUAUGGUGAGGGUUCUUCCCGAGAGCACGCCGCUCUUGAGCCCCGUCACCUUGGUGGUCUUGCCAUCAUUACCCGAUCUUUCGCCCGUAUCCACGAGACCAACCUGAAGAAGCAGGGUAUGCUUCCUCUAACCUUCACUGACCCUGCCGACUACGACAAAAUCCGACCCGAUGACAAGGUCGAUGUCCUCUGCACUCAGCUCGCCGUUGGCAAGCCCCUUCCCCUUGUCGUCCACCCCGCCGAUGGCAGCCCAUCUUUCGAGAUCCCUCUGUCCCACACCUUCAACGAGGCUCAGAUCGAAUGGUUCAAGAACGGUUCUGCCCUUAACACCAUGGCUAAGGCUACCAAGAACUAAAGAAGGAAUGAAGUAAAGAAGAGCAAAUUGAUAUUUUGGGUCACAUACGGCGUACAUCCUGAUGUUCUCGAUUGGGUUUCGAGAGCAGACAGUAGAGGGGCUUUUCAACGGACGGUAUAUGUCUAAAAUAUUGAGCGCCCAUGUCUUUUACAUAUUUGUAGCAAAGGAAUAGCCAUGCUUUCAUUAGUUGUAACAAAAUUCUAACUGUUCAAAUAUCUAUUGUUUAAAAGUGAU